AUUCUAGGCGUGACUGGUAAAAGGAAUGUUAUAUACUACGCUUGCUGUCCGGAGCCAUACGUCGAUAUUACGUUUUACAUCCACAUUCGUCGACGAACUCUUUACUACGGAUUCAACUUAAUCAUUCCUUGCGUGCUCAUUUCGUCAAUGGCUCUUCUAGGGUUCACUCUUCCUCCCGACUCUGGAGAAAAACUCACUUUAGGAGUAACAAUACUACUGUCCCUUAUGGUCUUUCUCCUGCAACUGGCUGAAACAAUGCCACCUACAUCAGACGCUGUCUCUAUAGUAGGUACCUACUUCGCUUGCAUCAUGAUCAUGGUAGCGUUUUCUGUCGUCAUGACAGUGGUUGUUUUAAACUACCACCACAGAAGCCAAGACACGCACGAGAUGCCUAACUACAUAAAGUCUUUAUUUCUUGUUUGGCUUCCGAAGAUUCUUAGAAUGAGACGGUACGGUAAGUACGAACAUAAAAAGAAAAGUCAAGCGGGUAAUAAAAUCAAAGAACUUGAACUCAACGAAAGGUGUUCGCGAAGCCUACUCGCUAACGUUCUGGACAUUGACGAUGACUUGAGACUCCAAAAUAGUACCAGCGGCUACCUACAGGUGUCCUCCAGCGAGGAAACCUCGACAGUUCAUACUUGCGUCAGUGCACAACGAGAACUGAAUUCCAUUUUGAAAGAACUACGGUUUAUAACGAAUCGAAUGAAGGAAGAAGAACAAGCAAACGACAUCGUUGCCGAGUGGAAAUUUGCGGCGAUGGUUAUAGACCGUAUAUGUUUGAUCGCUUUCUCUCUCUUCGCAAUCAUAUCAUCUUGUGUUUGCCUUUUACAAGCGCCUCAUCUUGUGGCCUAACACGACUGAAUUCAUAUUGCAAUGAAAUUUCCCGUCACGAUAUCUUCUUACUAACUGAACUUCGGCGUUUUUUAUAGCGAGAAAGAUAGUACGAUGCUCUCUGCUAGGGGGCCUUCUUUCAUGUUUAAGACCUCAUUAUGAAAGUUUCAAAAUCUCACUAAAAUCCAGGAUACAUUCCCAUUUUUGUGGAAUGAUUAAGCUUAAAAUCCAGGAUACAUUCUAAAUUUUGCGGAAUGAUUAAGCUUAAAAUCCAGGAUAUGGAUUUUAAGCUUAAUCAUUCCGCAAAAUUUAGAAUGUAUCCUGGAUUUUAAGCUUAAUCAUUCCGCAAAAUUUAGAAUGUAUCCUGGAUUUUAAGCUUAAUCAUUCGGCAAAAUUUAGAAUGUAUCCUGGAUUUUAAGCUUAAUCAUUCCGCAAAAUUUAGAAUGUAUCCUGGAUUUAAAGUUUAAUCAUUCCACAAAAUUUAGAAUGUAUCCUGGAUUUAAAGUUUAAUCAUUCCGCAAAAUUUAGAAUGUAUCCUCGAUUUAAAGCUUAGUCAUUCCGCAAAAUUUAGAACGUAUCCUGGAUUUUAAGCUUAAUCAUUCCGCAAAUCU